AGAGAGAGAGAGAGAGAGAGAGAGGUUACUGCAGAACCACUUCUACAUUGUUUUCUCUCGUCCGCUGCACUUAGUACAUUUCCUCCGGCUCUUCUCGUCCAUCUCCUCCUCUGAGAGGAUGCAUUAAUACUUAUAUCUUAAAUUUAAUUUCUGUGCAUAAUUUAUUGGAGGCUGAUCGUGGAACUGUGUGCAUUUAUAUAGUACAUCCUGCAAAUAGAAGCUCUGUAUUUGAGUUUAGCCUUUUGUAGCUCCACCGCUGCAUCUGGUUCUGACUGUUUGGGAUCAUCAUGCUGAAGAGGAGGAACCCUGAGGUGCCUAUGGACAGAGAGGUCCUCCUCGACCUGGACUAUGGAGAGACGCAUGGCUCUGACAGUUAUGGAAGUCUGCAAAAUGGGGAUUUCAUCCCUCCCAGAUAUAUGAACGCUGCAGCUAAUGAUGACUAUGAUGACCCCGGCUACAAUUACUGUGAGAGGACCGUAAGCCCUCCAGCACGGCCCCCAGGCAACUACUUCAGAGAUGGCCAAAGCAAAAUAGACUUUGUAUUGGUGUGGGAGGUGAAGGUACGACGCAAAAAGAGAAGCCGAGGGCAGUCGCAGGGAGAGGCGAAUGAGGAGGUGGAUGGAGUGCAGGAGGAGAGCAGGUCAGAGAAAAGAAAAGCUCAGCUGGCACGAUGGAGGGACAAAUUCAUCCUGAACGUUCAGAAUGCUGGUCUCCUGAUGGAGAAGGAGGAAUCAUCUAGUGCAAAGAAGACUAUACAUUAUCUGAAGCUCAGUGCACCUUGGGAUGUGUUGGUAUAUUACGCUGAAGAGUUGUGUCUUAGAGCUCCUCUGCAGGCACAACCAACCCCAGACUUCAACAUUUCUGCUCGAGUUCUGCAGAAGCUCUGGGUGCCAAAUAUCAUGACUGACUCUGUGCCCAACCGACCCGUGGACUACUACACGUGUGCCUUUCGCAAGUCCAAGAUGGAAAGAUUUCUGGGCUCUUAUGAUCGUGAAAACUAUUUUACCAACACACAAAGACACCGAAUUGUGUAUGAAAUCUUGGCAAGGACUAUAUAUGGCAGAAGGAAGCGGGCAGAGGUUGGCGUCGCCCGGCUGCUGAAUGAGGGGGCUUUCACGGGUGCCUUCCCUUUACAUGAGGGCCCAUACGAGCUUCCAGAAAAUGACAUCCAACCAGAUCAGUUGAAUAAGAGACAGGUACUGUUCCACUAUUGGGCCAGCUGGAUGAAAUGGUAUAAGUACCAGCCCCUGGAUCACAUCCGUGAAUACUUUGGAGAGAAGAUAGCCCUUUACUUUGCAUGGUUGGGGUUUUACACAGCUUGGCUCCUUCCAGCUGCAUUGGUUGGGACUUGUGUUUUUGUGUCAGGCAUUAUGACAAUGGGCUCCAAUACUCCAGCGAAGGAGAUCUGUGAAAGUGGAGGACUCUAUCUAAUGUGUCCUCUCUGUGAAACCUGUCAACCCUGGAAUAUAUCAGACAUUUGUCCUAUGGCCAAGGUGGGUUAUCUAUUUGAUCAUCCCGGCACGGUCUUCUUCAGCAUCUUCAUGUCCUUAUGGUCUGUCACCUUUCUGGAGUACUGGAAACGCAAGAACGCCACUCUCGCUCACCACUGGGACUGUAUGGAUUUCCAAGAAGAAGAGGAACCUCCACGUCCUGAGUUUGCUGCUAUGGCAACUACGAUGGAGGAGAACCCAGUGACGGGAGUGAAGGAGCCCUACUUCUCUGAAAAAGCCAGGAUUUCUCGCAUGGUUACUGGCUCCAUGGUCAUUGUUAUUAUGCUGUGUGUAGUGAUGAUCUUUCUGGUAACUGUGAUCAUAUAUCGCAGUAUAGUGAGCGUAAUGAUGUUUGAAACCGGGAGUUCAGUUCUGCGCACUCAGGCUGGGAACAUUGCCAAUAUCUCCAGCAGUUUGGUGAACCUGGCCCUGAUCUUGCUGAUGGGGCAGGUCUACACAGCUCUGGCAGAGCAGCUCACUAAAUGGGAAAUGCACAGGACUCAGACGCAAUAUGAAGAUGCCUUUACAUUUAAAGUCUUCAUCUUUCAGUUUGUCAACUUUUACUCGUCCCCUUUCUACGUGGCUUUCUUUAAGGGCAGAUUUGUGGGCUAUCCUGGUCAUUAUGGGACAUUGUUUGGCAUGAGGAAUGAGGAUUGUGGGCCAGGAGGCUGUCUGAUUGAACUGGCUGAGCAGCUGUGUAUCAUCAUGGUGGGAAAACAGCUUAUCAACAACAUUCAGGAGUUUGUCAUCCCUAAACUGAAGGCCUGGAAACAGAAACGGGCCUUAGCAUCUGUAAAGAAGGCCCAGAGCUCAGAAGAACCCAAGCGCUGGGAGCAGGACUAUGAGUUGAUCCCUUGUGAGGGCCUCUUUGAGGAGUACCUGGAGAUUGUUCUGCAGUUUGGCUUCAUCACCAUUUUUGUGGCGGCUUUCCCUCUGGCUCCUCUCUUCGCUUUGUUGAAUAACUGGGUGGAGGUCAGGUUGGAUGCUCAUAAGUUUGUGUGUGAAUACCGGAGACCCGUGGCUGAGCGAGCUCAGCACAUCGGUGUGUGGUUCAUCAUACUGGAGGCUCUGUCCCAUGUGUCGGUGAUAGUCAAUGCUUUCCUAAUCGCUUUUACGUCAGAUUUUUUGCCCCGGCUGCUUUAUCAGUACAAGUUUAACAAUGACCUGCAUGGUUAUGUCAACUUCACACUGGCUUACUCUCCACCCAGCUACAAUCACUCCAGCCACACUGUUUGCAGAUAUAAAGCAUUUCGAGAUGAAAACGGAAAAUACAAGCUGAUUUACUGGGAGCUGCUGGCUGUCAGACUGGGAUUUAUCAUCGCCUUUGAGCAUGUGGUCUUCUUUGUCCUGCGUGCUAUUGACUGGAUGGUUCCUGAUAUACCUGAAUCUUUGGAGCUGAAGAUCAAGAGGGAGCGGUACCUGGCCAAACAGGCACUGGCUGACAAUCAGGAGGCCCUGCUGGUGAGUGGCAGGAUGCCUCAUAGGUGAGGUUAGUGCACAAAGUGACGUCCACACCCUCACUGUAAGCCAGUGUGUCUCAUUAACACGCUCGCAUCAGAGAGCCCACAAACUAUAGGAAUCUCACACAGGAUUUACCACAUCACCUUAUAUUUCAAGUCUAAUGCGAAAGAACAAGUAUGUACAUGACAAACUUAGUACAAUUGGAGCAAAGACUUUGGUUUAAAUUUAUAUUGCAAUCAUUUACGUAUUCUAUGAUUGGAGGGUAGGGCUGGGUAUCGAUUCAGAUGUUCCAGAUCGAUUCUAUUUCGAUUCACAAGCUAUCGAUUCGAUUUCGAUUCUCGAUUCAAUUUUCAAUUCCGUUUCUCGGGUCGGUUUUUAUACCAGAUUCUUGAUUCUCCUCAAUGAAUAUAGAUUUAAAACAAAUACUAUAUAAAAAAGAACAGUGAACAGCAGUUUACA